CCACCACUCUUCACUCACCUCCACACACUCCAUAGCGAUCGAAGAGAGAGGCAAUGGCGGCAGCAAUCGGAGCUCCGAAGCUCGCUCCGUAUACCUGCGCGGCGGAGAGGAACGACGGCUCUGCUCGGCGUGCUGGGAGGUUCAAGAGCCUCUCGUUCGCGUCUUCUAAUCUCUCCGGCGACAAACUCGCGUCGUUAGUUUCUCGGCGCUGCAGCCGUUCCGGAGGGAAAUCGUCGGAGAGGCGUAAUGCUCCGAUUAUCGUUUCCCCUAAAGCUGUUUCCGACUCCCAGAAUUCGCAGACUUGUCUCGAUCCUGAUGCUAGCCGAAGUGUCUUGGGAAUUAUUCUUGGAGGUGGAGCUGGGACCCGGCUCUACCCUCUAACAAAGAAGAGGGCAAAGCCAGCUGUUCCACUUGGAGCAAACUAUCGUCUGAUUGAUAUCCCUGUUAGCAAUUGCUUGAACAGUAAUGUUUCCAAGAUCUAUGUUCUUACACAGUUUAACUCUGCAUCACUCAAUCGUCACCUCUCACGGGCAUAUGCAAGUAACAUGGGCGGCUACAAGAAUGAAGGUUUCGUUGAAGUUCUUGCUGCUCAGCAAAGUCCAGAGAACCCUAAUUGGUUCCAGGGUACUGCUGAUGCUGUGAGGCAGUAUCUAUGGCUGUUUGAGGAACACAAUGUUCUUGAAUUCCUAGUUCUUGCUGGAGAUCAUUUGUACCGAAUGGAUUAUGAGAGAUUCAUUCAAGCCCACAGAGAAACAGAUGCUGAUAUUACUGUUGCUGCUCUGCCAAUGGAUGAGAAGCGUGCCACUGCAUUUGGUCUCAUGAAGAUUGAUGAAGAAGGGCGGAUUAUUGAAUUUGCAGAGAAACCAAAAGGAGAACAGUUGAAAGCUAUGAAGGUUGAUACUACUAUUUUAGGUCUUGAUGAUCAGAGAGCUAAAGAGUUGCCUUUUAUUGCAAGUAUGGGCAUAUAUGUCAUUAGCAAAAAUGUGAUGUUAAACCUACUUCGAGAAAAGUUCCCUGGAGCCAAUGACUUUGGAAGUGAAGUCAUUCCUGGUGCAACAUCCAUUGGAAUGAGAGUUCAAGCUUAUUUGUUUGACGGCUACUGGGAAGAUAUUGGUACAAUUGAGGCUUUCUAUAAUGCCAACUUGGGGAUCACAAAAAAGCCAGUGCCAGAUUUCAGUUUCUAUGACCGAUCAGCUCCAAUCUACACUCAGCCUCGAUAUUUACCUCCUUCUAAAAUGCUUGAUGCUGAUGUCACGGACAGUGUUAUUGGCGAAGGUUGUGUGAUCAAGAACUGUAAAAUUCACCAUUCUGUGGUUGGGCUUAGAUCAUGUAUAUCAGAAGGUGCAAUUAUUGAAGAUUCACUACUGAUGGGAGCUGAUUACUAUGAGACUGAUGCUGACAGGAGGCUUCUGGCAGCAAAGGGCAGCAUCCCAAUUGGCAUUGGCAGGAACUCCCACAUUAAAAGAGCAAUCAUUGACAAGAAUGCUCGUAUAGGGGACAAUGUGAAGAUCAUUAAUAGUGACGAUGUUCAAGAAGCAGCUAGGGAAACUGAUGGAUAUUUCAUCAAGAGUGGAAUCGUCACUGUCAUCAAGGAUGCAUUGAUCCCCAGCGGAACUGUAAUAUAAAGAUGUAACAAGAGUUCAGGCACAUAUCCUCAAAACUGUUUAGCAGAAGAUGGAGCUGCAGGCCUGCAAUGGUAGUUGUUUAUUUUGCCAUAGAAAAUCUAACAUUUUUUGUUGGUAAUGUUAUGUUUUCCCAUAAGAGAAACUGAUGCAUAUUAUCCUUUAAAGUUUAAAUACCAUCUUAGUUACCAAUAAA